AUGCUUUCCCGAUUCCCCAUGAGUGGUACCAGCCUGGUGACCUUAUCAUCCUUUCAGAAAGUCAAAGUUGGAAAGAUUGAUCCUCAUAUUCCCAAUGCGAAGGAAUUAAUCAUUGACGAAGAUGUGAUUGUGUGGCACCCAGCUUUUAACCAGGUUCUUCCAAUUUCUGUGUGUAAUGACCCUUGCUCCCCUGGAUCCUGGAAGAAAGGGUUGGAAGGAAAACAGUUCUGUUGCUACGACUGUGUUCCAUGUCCAGAAGGGAAGAUUUCAAAUAAAAAGGAUAUGGAUGACUGUUUUCAAUGUUCAGAAGAUCAUUAUCCAAAUAAAGAAAAGAAAGGAUGUAUCCUGAAACUGGUGGUGUUUCUAACCUUUGAAGAAACCAUAGGAAUUGGUUUGGCCUCGGCAGCUCUUUGUUUCUUCCUCUUGACAUCUUGGGUACUUGGAAUUUUUAUUAAGCACAGGGAUACUCCCAUUGUCAAAGCCAACAACCGGUCCCUCACCUACACCCUCCUUGUCUCUCUUCUGCUCUGUUUUCUCUCCUCUUUGCUCUUCCUCAGCCAACCUGGCAAAGUGACCUGCCUUCUCCGGCAACCAACUUUUGGCAUCACCUUCUCAGUGGCCAUUUCCACUGUACUGGCCAAAACCAUCACCGUGGUUGUGGCUUUCAUGGCCACUAAACCUGGUUCUCAGAUGAGAAAAUGGGUGGGAAAAAAAUUGGCCUUUUCUAUUGUCCUUUUUUGCUCCCUCUUCCAAGUAUGUAUUUGUACUAUUUGGUUGUUCUCAUUCCCUCCAUUCCCUGAGUUGGACAUGCACUCAGAGCUCCAGGAAAUGAUUUUACAAUGCAACGAGGGGUCAACUUUCUUCUUUUAUUGUGUCUUGGGAUACAUGGGUAUCUUGGCCAUCGCCAGCUUUAUUGUGGCUUUCUUUGCCCGUAAAUUACCCGGCAGCUUUAAUGAAGCCAAGUUCAUCACCUUCAGCAUGUUGGCCUUUUGCAGUGUGUGGAUCUCCUUCUUUCCAGCCUAUCUGAGCACAAAAGGCAAAGCUAUGAUAGCUGUGGAGGUCUUCUCCAUCUUGGCCUCCAGCGCUGCAUUACUGGGAUGCAUAUUUUUGCCAAAAUGCUACAUCAUUGUUUUCCGGCCUGAGCUAAACCACAGGGGGCAACUUAUAAAGAGAAUGUAG